AUGCAAGUAGAUGAGAAGUCUGAGGUGAUCGAUGACGAACUCGGCCUCGAAAAUUGGUGGAUGUGCUGGUUGUUGGGGGUGGAGGAGAAGCAGCGGAGGAUCGACGUCGUUUACGGCCGCGCUGCGGAGAAGGUUCGCUGGAGGGUGGGUGUGUUGCGAUGGGAGAUGCAAUAG